AUGGAUUUCCUGAAACCAGAAUCAGUCUUGGACUUACAAAACAUUCGUGAUGCGCUAGUGCAUUGGGCUUUAGUUAAUAUGGAAAAAAUUCAUUCACAAAUUAGAAGAUAUGAAUCACCAGAUGAAGUUCCAUUUUUCCCUAAAGAAAUUUUAGAACCUUUAUUACCAUCAAUUAAUUAUCCAAAAAUUUUAACAAGUUAUUCAGAUGAAGUUAAUAUUAAUGAUGAAAUUAAACAAGUUUAUAUUGAACAUAUUGUUCCAUUGGUUAGUGCUGGAGAAGGUGAACAACAAGAAAAUUUAGGUAGUUGUACAACAUGUGAUAUUGAUAAUUUACAAGCAUUAUCAAGAAGAAUUCAUUUUGGUAAAUUUGUUGCUGAAGCAAAAUUUCAAAAUGAACGUGCUAAAUAUACAAAAUUAAUUCAAGAUAAAGAUAUAAAAGGAAUUGAAGAUGCUAUAACGAAUAGUGCAGUGGAAGCAAAGAUUUUAGAAAGAUUAAUUGAAAAAACUAAAGCUUAUGGAACUGAUCCAACUUUAAAAUGGAGUCAAAAUCAACAAAAUAAAUUAGAUCCAGAAUAUUUAGCUAAAAUUUAUAAAGAUUGGGUUAUUCCAUUAACUAAAAAAGUUGAAGUUGAUUACUUAUUAAGAAGAUUAGAAGAAGAAUAA